CCAAGGUCCACAAUAUCAUACCUGGGGCUGGGGAGAGGUUCAGUCGUUCAGAGAAGAUUACAGACGCCGAAGCCAAUAGAGAGCGAGCGAGGGAUCGAAAAGCUAAACAGAAAUGCCGGCGAGUGCGACGUUCAUCGGAGCUUUACUGGGGUUGGGCACCCAGAUGUACUCCAACGCCCUCCGUAAACUUCCUUACAUGAGACAUCCAUGGGAACACGUUUUAGGGAUGGGUCUGGGCGUAGUCUUCGCCAAUCAGCUCGUUAAAUGGGACGCUCAGCUCCAAGAAGAUCUCGACAAGAUGCUUGAGAAGGCCAAAGCUGCUAAUGAGCGCCGUUAUUUCGAUGAAGAUGAAGGCUAGGACUGCAAGCUUCUGUUCAUGCCUUCAUGGGUUUGAAACCCUUGCAUCGUGGACAUUUUGGUUUACUUUUAUUUAAAGUCUGAUUGGGUGUAAUUCUGUUACGCGAUUUAACUUGCUUCUACUGGGAACCCAGCGCAAUGCACUUGAAACGUGAAAUGAAAAAAAAAAAAACCGAAAUAAAUUCUAAAUUUAAGCCCCCAAA